AAAUCUCUAAAUUACAAAAACACACCCCUUCACUGUCACGGGGCAACCGAAGCAAAAAGAAGCUCAAAACAAAGCAAUAGAGUCAGACAAGGUUUAAGAAGGGUUUAAGGCGGCUACUGCUUCCCUUUCUCUGUAUUACUUGACUCUGUCUAUGAAUUUUAUUUUUUCUUCGGACGUUAUUUUCUCAAACCCAUUUUCUCUUUUCUCAAACCCAUUUUCUCUUCUCUCAAAAUCUGUUCAAAAAUCCCACUUCAUUUUCAGUUUCACCAUUUAUUUAAUAAUUUGAUGUCCAUCAUCGAAACCCCAUUAAUUUCUUCUAAUCUUUUAGACAAAUUCGAUCAUUUUGUUCCUUUUGAUAAUAGAAAUCCCUCAAUUCUUUACCAGAACCCUUCAAAGAUUUCCAUAGUUAUGUGGAGAAACAUAGCUAAACAUGCCAUGUCGAGAAGAACCCAUAGUUUUCAAUGCUUUGCUCGAACUUAUAGCUUUCUGGAUACUUCUCAGGAUUCCAUUUUUCAUGAGAAAUCAAAGUUUUGGGGUUUAAAGUUUGGAUCUUGUUGCUCAAACUCAAGGUUUCUUGGUAUGGGUGGUAGAAGAAUUGGUGAGGUUUUAACUAACUUGGAGUUUAUAGGGACGGGAAGUUUUGGGUUUCCGAGGAAUGAGAUUGGGUGCGGUAGUUUGUGCCCAAGAGGGUAUGUGAGUGUGGCAGAGGCAGUUUCAUCAACUGAUGUUGAAGAGGAUGUGCCUGUUGUUGAAGAAAUCAAAGAAUUGUUGGAUGAAAUGAAGAAAGAACAGAGGAGAGAGACUGGAAAUAGGCGUAGAAGGCGCCAAAUAAUAGAGAGAGGAAUGGGCGAAAGCAAGUAUCGGUUGUUGAGAAGAAGGCAAGUGAAGAUUGAGACAGAGGCAUGGGAACAAGCUGCAAAAGAGUAUAGGGAACUUUUGAUGGAUAUGUGUGAGCAUAAAUUGGCACCCAAUUUGCCUUAUAUCAAGUCUUUGUUUCUUGGUUGGUUUGAGCCUUUGCGUGAUGCUAUUAUUAAGGAGCAAGAGUUGUAUAGGUUAGGGAAACUUAGAGCAGGUUAUGCCGGUUACUUGGAUCAGUUGCCAGCUGAUAUGACGGCAGUUAUCACAAUGCAUAAGUUGAUGGGACUGCUGAUGACUGGAGGGGAACAUGGUUGUGCUCGAGUUGUACAGGCUGCUUGUCUGAUAGGUGAUGCCAUUGAGCAGGAGGUUAGAAUACACAAGUUCUUGGAGAAAACAAAGAAAAAUAAGGUUGACAAAAAGAACGAUGAUGAAAGAGAUAAGUUUAAUGCUGAGAUUAAGGAGCAAGAGAAGUUAAGGAAAAAAGUGACCGAUUUGAUAAAGAAACAAAAGCUACCAGCAGUGAGGCAAAUAGUGAAGGGGCAGGAUGACACGAAGCCCUGGGGCCAGGAUGCUAAGGCUAAGGUUGGAAGCCAUCUUAUUGAGUUAUUAAUGCAAACUGCUUAUAUACAGCCUCCAGCUGAUCAGUUAGCUGAUUGUCCCCCUGAUGUUCGGCCUGCAUUUGUGCAUUCUUUAAGAACUGUAGUAAAAGAAAACAAGAAAACUGGCAGAAGGUAUGGCGUUAUUGAAUGUGAUCCGCUAGUUCGCAAAGGCCUUGAGAGAACUGCAAGGCACAUGGUGAUUCCUUAUAUGCCAAUGUUGGUGCCCCCGGUCAAGUGGACAGGCUAUGACAGAGGAGCAUACCUGUUCUUACCUUCCUACAUUAUGCGCACACAUGGAGUUAAACAGCAACGUGAAGCUGUCAAGAGGACCUCUAGGAAGCAGUUAGAACCGGUCUUUGAGGCUCUGGAUACACUUGGAUGUACCAAAUGGAGGGUAAAUAAGCGGGUUCUUAAUGUUGUAGAUAGAAUAUGGACUAGUGGAGGCCAUCUUGCAGACCUGGUGGACCGUAAGGACGUUCCCUUACCAGAGAAGCCGGAUAGUGAGGAUGAAGCACUGCUGAGGAAAUGGAAGUGGAAAGUCAGAUCUGUAAAAAAGGAAAAUAGAGAGAGGCAUUCACUACGCUGUGACGUAGAGCUUAAACUUGCUGUAGCUCGGAAAAUUAAAGAUGAAGAAGGUUUUUAUUACCCUCAUAAUCUUGAUUUUCGAGGGCGUGCAUAUCCUAUGCACCCGUAUUUGAAUCAUCUUGGUUCAGAUCUUUGUCGGGGUAUUUUGGAGUUUGCAGAGGGUCGCCCUCUUGGAAAAUCAGGCUUACGCUGGCUGAAAAUACAUCUCGCAAAUCUGUAUGCUGGUGGGGUGGACAAAUUGUCUCAUGAGGGUCGAUUGGCUUUCACUGAGAAUCAUCUGGAUGAUAUAUUUGACUCUGCAGACAGACCACUUGAAGGAAAGCGCUGGUGGUUAAAAGCAGAAGAUCCUUUUCAGUGCUUAGCUGUGUGCAUUAAUCUCACUGAAGCUUUGAGAACCUCCUCUCCUGAGACAUUUGUUUCACAUACACCUGUGCAUCAGGAUGGUUCCUGCAAUGGUUUACAACACUAUGCUGCACUUGGAAGAGACAAGUUGGGAGCAGCUUCAGUCAAUCUGGUUGUAGGUGAGAAACCAGCAGACGUUUACUCAGGAAUAGCUGCUAGAGUACUUGAUAUCAUCCGGAGGGAUGCACAGAAAGAUCCUGCAGUUUUUCCAGAUGCAUUGCAUGCAAAAGUAUUAGUUAACCAGGUGGAUAGGAAACUGGUGAAGCAGACAGUGAUGACCUCAGUCUAUGGAGUAACUUACAUUGGUGCACGAGAUCAAAUCAAGAGGAGGUUGAAGGAACGUGGUGUACUUACAGAUGACAAAGAGAUCUUUGGUGCUUCUUGUUAUGCUGCUAAGACAACCUUAACUGCCUUAGGAGAGAUGUUUCAAGCUGCACGUGCUAUCAUGAAUUGGCUUGGUGAAUGUGCAAAGAUUAUUGCAUCUGAAAAUCAGCCAGUGAGGUGGACAACUCCACUUGGACUUCCUGUUGUACAACCAUACCGGGUAUUAGGAAGGCAUCUUAUAAAAACUUCUCUUCAGGUUUUAACACUGCAACGUGAAACCGAAAAGGUUAUGGUCAAGCGACAGAGGACAGCUUUCCCGCCAAAUUUUGUUCACUCUCUGGAUGGGUCUCAUAUGAUGAUGACUGCAGUUGCCUGUAAAAAGGCAGGCUUAACCUUUGCAGGAGUUCAUGAUUCAUAUUGGACGCAUGCAAGUGAUGUGGAUAAAAUGAACAGGAUACUAAGAGAAAAAUUUGUUAAACUGUAUGAAAUACCAAUACUGGAGAAUUUGUUGGAAAGCUUUCAGCAGUCUUUCCCUACAUUGUGUUUUCCUCCCUUACCUGAACGGGGAGAUUUUGAUCUAAGAGAUGUGUUAGAGUCACCUUAUUUCUUCAACUGAUUUGAUGUCUUGGGCUUCUCUUCAUCUGAGCUUAGAGCAAAGCUAAUGCUGCUUUGGAUGUCAUUGUGCUGCCUCUGGUCGUUCUCUCAACUUUUGAAUUUGCAAAAGAUGAAGAGCAAAACUAAUGCUUCUUUGGAUGUCGUUGUGCGACCUCUGGUCAUUCUCUCAGCUUCUGAAUGUGCAACCGGCAAAAGAACUGAUUCCUAUCAGAAAAAAAAAAUCCCGACAGGGAGUUUUUUUUCUUUUUAUAAUUGAGGGAAAGGAGAUUUAAAUUUUAUUCUUUAGGCAAGGAGAUCAUGCACUAACCAAUGAGUCAAAUGCUCGGGUGUUCUCAAUAGGGAGUUGGUGUUGUUCACUUUGUAUAUAUUGUGAAAGAUGUUCAUGGCAUGGAGAGCAUUGGCUACACUUGUACAGUUGACAUGUAAAUUGGUGCUGGUAGAACCUUCUUUUAUACGGAGUUAAUGUGCCAGCCUAGAAGUCUAGAAUCUUUAGAUAAAAUGUUGAGGAGUCAAAAUUCUGCAAUGCUUAUUGCAUUGCAGCUGACUAAUGAUUCAUUUAUAUCUCAAGUGAUAAAGUUACAUGAUGGAUUGGGACGGAUUCUUGGUUGUCUUGGAAUAGUUACUGAAAACGAGAGGUUCUAUUGUAGGCUGCUAAUCUUGAGUGUUGCUGCAGCAAACCUUUCUUACACCUGAACUGGAUCUGAUUAUAUAUAUUCUUUUCUGAUCAGUGUAAAGAAUGAGCAGUAAAUUUAUUCUUGUUUAUAGAAUA